AUGACUGAAGACCAGAAGAUGGAUGUUGGUGUGAAGGAGGUGGAGGGCAGAGCAGAGUCUCCAGGAUCCAGUUCUCUGUCCAUGAAGAGUGACUGCUCCAAAGAAAGACCUUCGGACCACAAAGAAGAACCUGGAUGCUCAGACACAAAAUUGGAGGACAGCAGAGAUGGAGAGAUCAGCUGUUCUUCUCUCAUCUCAUCUUUGAAGUCAAACCCCUCCCUGACACAACUGGACCUGAGCCAUAACGAAGACCUGUCUGAUUCUGAAGUGGAUGAGCUCUGUGAUUUCCUGCAGAGUCCAAACUGUAGACUGGAGGUUCUGAGAUUGGAGGACUGCUUUUUGUCAGAGAUCAGCUGUUCUUCUCUGGUCUCAGCUCUGAAGUCCAACCCUUCCCAUCUGAUAGAACUGGAUCUGAGUGGGAACUCAGACCUGUCUGAUGAUGGUGUGAAGGAGCUCUGUGGUUUCCUGGAGAGUCCAAACUGUAGACUNNAUUUAUUCAGAUUGAUGGGCUGCGCUUUGUCAGAGAUCAGCUGUUCUUCUCUGGGCUCAGCUCUGAAGUCGAACCCCUCCCAUCUGACACAACUGGACCUGAGUAACAACAACCUGUCUGACUCCAAAGUGAAGGCGCUCUGUGGUUUCCUGGAGAGUCCAAACUGUAGACUGGAGGUUCUGAGACUGGAACGCUGCAGCAUUUCAGAGAUCGGCUGUUCUUCUCUGGGCUCAGCUCUGAAGUCCAACCCCUCCCAUCUGACACAACUGGACCUGAGUAACAACAACCUGACUGACUCUGGAGUGAAGGAGCUCUGUGGUUUCCUGGAGAGUCCAAACUGUAAACUUGAGGUUCUGAGAUUGUGGAACUGCGGUUUGUCAAAGAUCAGCUGUCCUUUUCUGGUCUCAGCUCUGAAGUCCAACCCCUCCCAUCUGAUAGAACUGGACCUGAAUACAAACAACCUGAAGAAACCAGAUGUUGAGCAGCUGUUGGGUCUUGUGGGGAGUCCAGACUACAAACUGCAGACUCUGAGGUAG